AUGUUUCGUCUAGAUCGCCGAAUUCGGUCAGCAUCUUCAAGAAUACGAAAACUUGAAAAUUCUGCUGAAGCUGCACUCGUUAAAGCUCAACAAACAGCUGCCCGUUCUUUAAGUUUACGCAGCAGAUCUUCACGUCAACAACCAGAUUCACAGAAGAGACAUUCAAGUACACUUAUGGAGUUUUUGGAUCUCUCCCCUCGUAAAAAUAAUACAAAUGGAGAGAAUUGUAGAUUUACUCCACCAUGGAAAAGGAAACAAAAUUUAGGCGAAGGUUCUAAUAGAGAGAUGAAUUAUGUAGAAGUUCAAAACACUGAUACUUUAGAAGGUAUUGCUGCUGCUCAUGACUGCACUGUGGGAUUUCUUGUAAAAUUAAAUAAAUUGACGUCUAGAAUGGUUUUUCCUGGUCAAAAACUUCUUGUUCCUUCAUUUGAUGAGACACAAACAGUCUCUUCUAGUGAAAAAUUGGAAAACAAAUUAAUAAAGGAAAAAAGUUCAGGAAUUCACAGAGGUCCAGGUCAUGCAGUUCCUAUCCCGCCUAAUGAAAUUCCCUUGCGGAGUGCUCUUGCUAAUACAUAUAAAUCUUAUCGCCAUUCUACAACUGCUUCUCAACCUCAAAAUAUCUCAUCUAAAGACGAUAAUGAACCUGAAUUUGGCCGAAGUGCUUCUGAAUUAGAUCCAGAAGAUCAGGAUUGUUUGCAACGUUUCAUGAAAAUUAAAGUAAAACAAAUAACGGAAUCUGACGGGACUAUAGUUGGCACUUUACUUGUUACACCAAACUGUUUAAUGUUUGACCCGGAUGUUGAUCAUCCUCUGGUUCAAGAAAAAGGUUCUGACCUUUAUGGAAUGGUUGCCAAUAUGGAAAGCAUUAUUUCUGUAACUGUUUACAAACAUAUUAGUUCUUUGACAGGAGAAAAGCAAAAUAAAGAAGAGGAUAUUUUUGACCCAGAGAGAGUUGCUUCAACUCCGAGAAUGUCGAUUGCUGGUAGUAGGCAGGGAAGUCCAUCAUCAAUUAGCAAAAAUCAGAGAAUAUCUUCCCUUGACAAAGGCACAAAACCGGAUUUAAAUGAAGAAGAGAGGCUUGGUGCAAGUUUUGAGGGCGAUCAAACAAUCGUUUAUGGAACAUCAGCUGGCACUCUUUUACCUGGCUCGUAUACCUCAAAUGCUUCUUCAGACGGAGAAUCUUCCAAUAUUUCUAAUUCUGAACUACUUCCUUGUAUUGAUGAGGAAAGGGAGAUACAACAAAGAAAUGAAGCUAUUGAAAGGGGGAAGAGACCGCAUGGUGAAAAACAAUCAACUUCAGUUGAAGAAUCUGACGGUGUAAAUAAGCAAUAUGAAAAGCGGUUAAGUGAAGGAGCACAAGCGAUUACAUCUUUAGAAUUAGACGAAGAUAACGAUCAAAGUGGCCAACCCCUUAUUAAUCAGAUGGAUUCACUUGAUAUCUCUAAGAGUGGAGAACAGUCACAACGUCGAAGUCCAUUACCAUUUUCUCGAUAUUCGCCUGGAAUGGCUCGAAAAUCUUUUGGAAAGCUUGGAAGGACUUUAAGUGCAAAAGCAACCAGCUUUAAAGGGUCAGUACAGUCAGUUGCUUCCGGAACGCAAAAGGUCGCCCAUGGAGUCGUAUCUCACACACUUUCUGCAGCUGACCACAUCCAGGCCGGUAUUCAAUCGAGUGCCAAAGUUGUUGCUUCUGUCCCUGGUUCUAUCAUGAAUAUAAGUUCUGGUUUGAUCCAGGAAGGUCAAAAUGGUGUAAUGGAAGUUGUUGAAUCUGUAAAGGAUGUAUUAUCAAAUGAAAGUAACGAACCACAACAGGAGCAGAUUGACAGACAAACAAUGAAGCGUGAACGCAGUCUUGCUACCCUUGAAUCACUUUAUCAACGGACACAGCAGGCUAGAGAACAAGCUGCAAUUCAACGUGCACUGGAUACUGGGUUUGUCCUUGGAUCAGAAGAACGCUCAGUAUUUGAAAAGAAACAAAAAUACAAUGACAUCACUAAUAACAAUGGCCAAAAUGAGCGUAAUUCAAUCGACUCCCCUCCCGAACCACCAUAUUAUAUGACUGUGAGAGUGGAUAGAUCACGUCAACAAAGGAAGAAAACACAAUUAUCACGUCGAAAUUCGAAAGAAAUUGUUGACUCUACAGGUGCCUCAUUAUCUGCAGCAGAUUUUUUUGAAAGUGGUUGUUUAUUUGGUAAUAAACGAAAAAGAGAAUUUUGGUUUGCCGUGCCAAGAAGUCGUGUUGAUGCUAUUUAUCAUUUUCUGCUACAGUGGUCACCUCAGAAAUACGGACAGGCUUGUAAAAGCAAGUUCUGCAGACGAAACAAACGUUGUUGAUGAAAACACCUCCAAUGAGAUGAUUUCAACUGGUGUAAACACAAAACAAGACUUUGGAGCAUUUGUUGUUCUCGAUCGAGACGUGGAUGAUGAAGCAUUGACUGGUUGGUUUAUUGUUAUAAAAUUUAAUAAAAUUGGAAAAAAUAUUUUAUUUUGUCUGAAUUCCUAAAAAAUAUAUUUAGAAUAUUUACUUUUGUCUGGAUUGAUAUCUUUACAUUCUCCUUAUAAUUUUUCUUCCCAUUGUUAUUUUUAUACUUCACCCAUCAUUGUCUCCAUUUAUUAUAUUUUCUUAUAACAGCCAUCAAUCCACAUUUUUAUUAUUCUUUUCCCUUCUUCAACUGUCUGUAAACAGAAAGAAACCUUUUGUACUCGCGCACUUCUCUACUUUCACAACUUUCGUGACCGCCGAAAUUGUUUUGCAAAAAGUGAGGUGGUUAACAAAAAGUAUAAGAAAAUGGUAAAUCUUGGUGUAGCAGACCUUCGAUAUAUUCCUUUUGUUUCGCGCAAACAUUCAUUCUUCUUUUU